AUGAGGUCGGCGCUGGCUAGAGGCCGGAUAUGCCUUGGUCUCCUUCAAACCCCAAUUCGACCUCUCCAAUCCCGAUGCAGCCACCUUCACGUCCGUAUCCGAACAUCGACGAAGCAUGGCUAUGGAAGACGACAGAAUAAUAAUGGUAACGGGUUCUUCAGGCAACCACCACGCCGGAAGGGCCUCCUACUAGCUGCGGCGACCAGCCUCACCCCCGCCGCGUUUAUCCACCUAUCUGAGAAGGAUAAUGGAGGCACCGAACACACGGCGGAGGGUCGGAUGUUAAAGGCUUCAGUGGAGGAACUCGAGAUCAAGAGGCAGAGACGGAAUGGCAAUCGUGGCCUGCGACGAUUUAGGGACAAGGCCCUCUUCGUGUUCGAUGUAUAUAUCUGGGAGCCUCUAUGCACGGGAUUGCGCUUCCUGCAUCUGGCCGCCAUAUUCGUCCCGGUCAUCUUCACCGUCCCUGCGAUUUGGAUCGGCACCCGCCAAAAACAGAGGUCGAAUGAACGGUCCGGCACUCUUUGGUGGUAUUGGUUUCUAGUGAAGUCAAUGGAACGUGCAGGACCUGCAUUCAUCAAGCUUGGACAAUGGGCCGCAUCUCGAUCAGAUAUAUUCCCUACCGAAAUGUGCGAACUGAUGUCCCAGCUGCAUUCCAACGCCCCUGCUCAUUCACUUCACAACACGAAACGAAUAAUACGACGGGCAUUUAAUGGACGAUCCUUUGAUGAUAUAUUCGAAGAAUUCGACGAGAAGCCAUUAGGCGUCGGUGCUAUUGCACAAGUCUACCGAGCCAAAUUGAAGCAUGAUAUCGCUGUACCAAGUGAUCCGGACCUGGAGGAGCCAUCAAACCUGCGAAAGAAUGUCCGCAAAAAUGUAGAUACUCUAAUAAAGAGCACGCCCCACCGAGUCCCGUCAUCGUAUGUUGCAAUAAAGGUCCUCCACCCGGGAGUUGAGCGAAUGGUGAGGCGGGAUCUUCGAAUAAUGGGUUUCUUCGCGUCGGUUCUGAACGCCAUACCGACCAUAGAGUGGCUAUCCUUACCUGAUGAAGUUAGCCAAUUCGGAGAAAUGAUGAGACUGCAGUUGGAUCUGAGGAUAGAAGCCGCAAAUCUGAAAAUCUUCCGAAGGAAUUUCAAAGAGAGAACAACCGCUUGGUUCCCAUAUCCAUAUACUUCCUUCACUACCCGGCAAGUUCUGGUGGAAGAGUUUGCCCAAGGCAUCCCACUCUCUGAUUUCAUGGAGAACGGUGGAGGGGUAUUUCAGCAAGAGAUCGCGGAUGAGGGUCUAGACGCUUUCUUGCGAAUGCUUCUACUUGAUAAUUUCGUCCAUGCUGAUCUUCAUCCGGGAAAUAUCAUGGUCCGGUUCUACCAAUCAGCGCAUCCCAAGCUCCCUUUCAGCCACCACAAAGACGAAAACCCACAGGACCAGCCUGAUGUCACGGAAGAGGUGCUUGCACGGCUGAGGCCAUAUAGACAUAAGAAAGACAUGGGGGCAUGGGAAGCAGAGCUUCAGAAGAUCGAUAACGAAGGCUUCCGGCCGCAGCUGAUCUUCAUCGAUACUGGAUUGGUCACCGAGCUCAAUGCUACGAAUCGACGAAAUUUCCUUGAUCUCUUCAAGGCCGUUGCCGAAUUUGAUGGCUAUAAAGCGGGCCAUCUGAUGUGUGAACGUAGUCGCCAGCCUGAUUCCGUUAUUGAUCAGGAAAUAUUUGCUCUGAAGAUGCAGCAUCUCGUCCUUAGUGUCAAGAGCCGAACUUUGGCCUUGGGCAACAUGAAGAUUGGCGAUAUUCUCAGCCAGGUCUUGAGCAUGGUCCGAAGCCACCAUGUUAGGAUGGAAGGGGAUUUCGUAAACGUCGUUAUCAGCAUCCUCUUGCUAGAAGGCAUUGGCAGAAGCUUGAACCCAGAUAUUGAUCUCCUGUCUAGUGCUUUGCCUAUUCUGCGGCAGCUUGGAGCCCAAAGUGGCGGCGGUAUGUUGAGGCAGGGCGAUUUCUCCAUGUUGAGAGUUUGGGCAGGACUAGAGGCAAGAAAGUUCUUCCAGGCCAGUGUUGAAGAUUUAAAUACCAUUCAAAACCUCGGCACCCAAUCCUUGCAGCAGCCAGGGAACGCAUCAUCUACAUCUCGAGUCGCUGAAGCUGUUGAUCCAUUUGCGUAG